UGUCUCUGAUGUAACUGACAGGCGGAAACGUUUCUAGAAACAAACUAAACUGUGAACACGCUGAAACUAAACUUUCCUCCAGAAGGAUCUUUGUUCGUCUUCCUCUCCAGGAACCAGCAGCUUCCACUGGUUCCACUGGUUCCACUGGUUCCACUGGCUUCACUGGUCCUCCGCAGCGUGAUGUUGUCCCCGGCCAGCUCCGUGUCCUCCCGGCUGCUCAGGCCGCUCUCCAGGCUCCCUGCCCGGCUGGGCUGCGGGGCCAGAGCCGCCAGCUCCCAGCAGAAAGAGUUGAUAAAGAAACAGGAGCUGGACAAAGAUGAGCCCCGCCCCCUCUACAUGGACUUCCAGGCCACCACGCCCAUGGACCCCCGUGUGCUGGACGCCAUGUUGCCCUACCAGGUGAAUUACUACGGGAACCCUCACUCCAGAACUCACGCCUACGGCUGGGAGAGCGAGACCGCCAUGGAGACCGCCAGGAAGCAGGUGGCUGAUCUGAUCGGAGCGGAUCCCAGAGAGAUCAUCUUCACCAGCGGAGCCACCGAGUCCAACAACAUGUCCAUCAAGGGCGUGGCCAGGUUCUACCAGGCCAAGAAGCGCCAUGUGAUCACCACGCAGACGGAGCACAAGUGUGUUCUGGACUCGUGUCGGGUUCUGGAGUCUGAGGGCUUCAGCGUGACCUACCUGCCGGUCCAGACCAACGGACUGCUGGACCUGGAGCUGCUGGAGGCCUCCAUCCGUCCCGACACCUCCCUGGUGUCAGUGAUGACCGUCAACAACGAGAUCGGAGUGAAGCAGCCAAUCAAAGACAUCGGUCAGAUCUGUCGCUCUAAAGGAGUUUUCCUCCACACCGACGCUGCUCAGGCUGUCGGGAAGAUCCCCAUCGACGUCAUCGACUGGAAGGUUGACCUGAUGUCCAUCAGCGGACACAAGAUCUACGGACCCAAAGGUGUGGGUGCUCUGUAUGUGCGUCGGCGGCCUCGUGUCCGGUUGGAGCCUCUCCAGAACGGAGGGGGUCAGGAGAGGGGGCUCCGCUCCGGCACCGUGCCCACCCCGCUGGCUGUCGGCCUGGGGGCCGCAUGCAGCAUCGCCCAGCACGAGAUGGAGUAUGACCACCAGAGGAUCUCCAUGCUGGCUCACCGUCUGAUCCACAAGAUCACGUCUGAGCUUCCUGAUGUCAUCAUGAACGGAGACGCUCACCACCGCUACCAUGGCUGUGUGAACUUGUCGUUUGCCUACGUGGAGGGAGAGAGUCUGCUGAUGGCGCUGAAGGAUGUCGCUCUGUCCUCCGGCAGUGCGUGUACGUCAGCGUCUCUGGAGCCGUCCUACGUCCUCAGAGCCAUCGGAGCUGAUGAAGACCUGGCUCACUCCUCCAUCAGGUUUGGCAUCGGCAGGUUCACCACAGAAGAAGAAGUGGACUACACAGCAGAUAAAUGUAUCCAGCAGGUGACCAGACUGAGAGAGAUGAGUCCUCUGUGGGAGAUGGUCCAGGAGGGAAUCGACCUGAAGAGCAUCAAGUGGACACAGCACUAGAGACUCCUCCUCCUCCUCAGACUCCUCCCUCCUGAGACUCCUCCUCCUCCUGAGACUCCUCCCUCUUCCUGAGACCCCUCCCUCUUCCUUAGACUCCUCCCUCCUCCUAAGACUCCUCCUCCUCCUGAGACUCCUCCUCCUCCUGAGACUCCUCCUGAGACUCCUCCCUCCUCCUCAGACUCCUCCCUCUUCCUGAGACUCCUCGCUCCUCCUGAGACUCCUCCCUCUUCCUCAGACCCCUCCCUCCUCCUG